AUGGCGGCAAGUGUGCGCAACACCGCCAUCAAGCGCAUCCAGGGCGAUGUGCGUGAGAUGAUGACCAACCCAAGCGACCAGUACGCAGCGGCGCCACUCGAGACCAACAUGUUCGACUGGCACUUCACAUUGCGUGGCCCACGUGACACAGAGUUCGAGGGCGGCAUCUACCACGGCCGCAUCAUCCUGCCGUCGGACUACCCGUUCAAGCCGCCCAACAUCAUGCUGCUCACGCCCAAUGGCCGCUUCGAAGUGAAGAAGAAAAUUUGCUUGAGUAUCUCGGCCUACCAUCCAGAAGAAUGGCAACCUGCGUGGGGCGUGCGACUGAUUCUGGAGGCGUUAAUCAGCUUUAUGCCCACUAAAGGCGAGGGCGCAAUUGGUGCGCUGGACUUUCCUGCUGAAGAGCGCAGGAGACUAGCCAAACUGAGUGUCGACUACAAGUGCGAAACGUGUGGACGAGUGGCGGAUUUGUUGCCGGAGUUGGAGUCGGAGCAUGAAGGGAAUGAAGAGGAGAAGAAACCUUCCAAGUACGCGGAACAGAUCGCUCAGUUGCAUAUGCACAGCUUGGAGACGGCGCCAGCCAAUUCUGCAGCUUCUACUGAUGCAGCAUUUGUCGAGGAACCAGCAGCAGCAGAAGCUGCACCGGAAGUGGUCGAUUAUCACCACGAGAACGUGGACACGCCCAUUGCAGCUCAUAAUUUUGCUCCAGUGCGCGAGUCCGACAGCGUGGACACUUUUCUGCACUAUUUGACUAUUGCCAUCGUGGUGGCGCUGUUCGCACUAAUCUAUAAGAAGCUGCUGCAGAUGCACGGAAUACUGCAAUAA